AUCCCCAGUCCGCAUUCGCGCGUUACUUAAGUCGCUAUCGCCGUACAAACCGCUCCGCUAUGAAAGGCAAAGGCAAAACCAAAGGUGCAAAAACCAAAAACAUGGACAAACUUAUCGCUGCCGUGCAGGCGAGGGAAUGUUUGUGGGAUAAAAGUUAUAGGGGUCACAGAAAUCGGUUUAAAUUGGAGAGAUACUGGAAUGAAGUGGCAGCAGAAGUCGGUACAACAAGUCUAAACUGUAGGAAAAAAUGGAAGAAUCUCAAAGAUCAAUGCCGGAAAGAGAUAAAAAAGAAUCAAGAAGUGUCAGACUGGCCACAUUUCGAGAAAUUGAAAUUUAUUCACAAUCAAUUUGUGGUAGAUGAAGAAGACGCAGAGGAUACCGCUGAAGAAGUGUUCAAUUCUUUAGACGAAUCAAUAAAAACACCGAAACUCGGUUACACAAUGCGUAAAAAGCUGCUUAUGAAUAAACGAAGAAUAAUAGAUGUUGAUAUGGAUAAAUUAAUCGAGCUAGUGAGAACGAGAGAGAUAAUAUGGAACAGGCAGCUGAAGGGCCAUCAUAAUUGGUACAAACUAGAUGAAGCGUGGAAAGAAAUUGCCGCUGAACUGGGAGUUACACGUGACGAAGCGAGGCUAAAAUGGAAGUAUCUACGUGACCAGGCGCGAAAAGAAAUGAGAAAACAAGAUUCUGACUGGGGGCUGCUACCUAAACUUCAGUUUCUUGAGAAUCAAUUCUUCGACAACGAUGACGCUGAAUUCGCUGAUGAUUCCUAUAGUCAAGAUUUCGAUGCGGAGCAACCAAGCAAUUACUACACCAACGCUGAACCUGAAACAGCGGCCGUUGAUGAAGAAGUGGCCAAUGAUACCUCAGCAAGAGAUGAUGAGUUUGACGAAUUUGAUACUAAACCUAUUAUAAUGGAAACUGACUUUUACGACGAUGAUGAGGAAAUACAGAAGUGUGGUGAAACGACAGAAGUUGCAAAGGAUGAAGAUAUAGGUUUCUUUAACAGUCUCUUGCCACAUGUUAAGAAGCUUGGGCCGGCUAAGAAAUUAAUGCUAAGAAUGAAAAUACAAGAGUUAGUAUAUAAUACAGUUUACAAUACAUAGAAUACGUUAUAUGCGGUAGAGUUAAAAAAAAUUAAAAACUGUGUUGGGCUUACGCUGUUAACAACUCCUUUAUUAUAUAUAUAAUAAAUAUAAAUAGUUGCCAAGCCCAAGACUAAGGCAUAUCUCUGAACAUUUUUAUUAUUAAAAACCUUAGUUAAAUUACCUAACUAUAAUUAGCAAAACCAAUCACAAGUAAUAAUGAUUAUUAUCAAAGGACUACGUAUAUGUUUAUAUAGUGCCUAUAACAAUGUUUGUUAAAGGGAUCGAAAAUUAUGUAGAAUUUGAAUUUCAGCUUUUCAAUCCAUUUAUUUGGAAAGUUUACAUUCCUAGUAAUUUCUUCACAACCUCUCAUUUAAGUUUCUGAACAUUAUUUUUUUAAUAUUAGCAUUGUAUAAGCAUAAGAAUUUUAGAAAGGCCAAGGUGAGACAUGGCACAGAAAAGAUUGGGAAACAAUGCUAUAGAGAGAUCUAUGUGCUGGAGCGAUAGGAUUACUUUGAAUAACGAAACGUAACUUUGCGUUGUAAAUACGGACGACUGGACGGAUCGUGUCGUUUGUCUUUGAUUGGACUACGGUUGACCAAUCACAGUCAAUUGCAACGAUGACGUCGUUUCUUAUUACAAUAUUACUCCCACGAUAUUUGGUUAUACUUUUUGUAAUGAAAAAUCGUUUAAUUGUAAUAAAUUCGCUUAGCUUAAACAUAUUACAUAAUUUAUUAGGCGUACUGUUAUAAUAGUUGUAAAUGGAACAAUAUUUUGUUAAAAAACAUUGAUAUAUUUUUUUUAAUUUAUAGUUAAUUUACGUGGUUUAAGUAAGACUUGCACAAUAAUAAUAACUAAAGUUAUUAAUUAAGGUUAAAAUUAAGUAUCAGAACACAAAAUGCAAAUCUUAUGUUUAUAGGAGUAACUUUUAGGUUAAUAUGUAUACAUCGUACUGCUCUGUUUACGCUUUCUUGCGAGAUAGUUGAUUGAUGUAAUUAGAAACAUAAGAAAUUGCCUGCGGUCAUAGCAAGCCCUCAAUAAAUUUGUAGCCCAGAAUUAAUCUAUGAAUCCUGAAAAACUUACUCCUGAGAUAAGUGUAGACUAGAUAAAUAUUUAGAGAGAGACAACGCCUAGUAUAACUGCUGUACGUCAAAAAUGUAUUGGAUUUUGUCUCGAUUCUCAAUCUUAACGCCUUAUAAAUUAUUUGUAAACUGAAUGUGAUGCUUAAAAUUACUUCGUUUGUAAUUGAUAGCGCGCCUUAGUAAACGACUCAAUUGUAAAACAAGUAUUUUCAUGAUAUAGUAAUUCCUAAUUGCAUGAAGCUAUCAUCAUAAUAAUCAAUAUACAUAUAAUUACUACUCGUACUACUUAUAAUGAUUAAUCAUACAUUAGAAUAUAAGAUCUCCGUGAACAUUCCAAGCUUACAAUACUUUAUCUAUUCUACCUACGUAUCUAUCUAAA